AUGGCAUCGACGAUCAAAGCUUACGGCGUUCCUCUCUUUCUCUUUUCCCUCUCCGUAUUCUACCAGCUCGUCGUCCUUCCUCGCUGUUUCCCUCCCUCUCAUUACGAUGUUUUGGAGGUAAAGCGGCAUAGUUCUGUUGAAGAAGUGAGAGAAGCAUACGAGAAGUUUUCUUCUAAGUGGAAUUCAGGCGCGGAAAUUCCUUCUACUACUGAUUUUAUAAAGGAUUCAUUAAUAGUUGCAGUAGUCGGAGGGAGGAGGGAGUUCUGCGGUUUGUGCUUAGAUGAUGUGGUUAAGGGCUUUACGGCACAAGUUGUUGGAAAGGCUUGGAUGGUGAAAGUGGAGACAAGAAAGAAAAUGGUUGGAAUAUUUGAAGGUGAAGAGCUUGGUCAGGAUCCUUUAAAGACUUCUUUGGCUGUUCUGGUCAUCUUCUUAUAUGCAGUAGUAAGAACAAUUUUUAAAUGUGAGGAAGAGUGGAAAUAUGGGGAAAAGAUUAAAGAAAUUGUGAUUGCAAGUUUUGAGAAACAGUUUACUGAAGUUUUCGAACUGUUUUUGGAGCCCUCAUUCUCACUUGAGUUUCAGUACACUGCUUCAGAUUUAAUUCUUAUAAUUAAUAAAAUGGAAAGUGUUCUUAUCCAAUAUGCUUAUGAGCUGCUGAUGAAUCCUUUACGGAAAAGGGACUAUGACCUAUUUGGCAUUGAUGAGCAAGCUCAUAUUAUUGACAAGAUUAACUUGCAAUAUGCUGGGGAAACUUUUUCAGGCAUAGAUCUUCCAUUACUAGAUGCUACUACUUUUGAUCUUGGAGAUCACACUUUUAAUGAGAUUACAUCUCAGGACUUUGCAACUAUGUUUGAUGGUCCUAAACCAUGGCUGGUUCUGGUAUAUUCACUUGGGAGCAACCAAUGUGCUCAAUUCUUUACUUUGUGGAAAGAAAUUGCUGCUCUAUUGGAUGGUGUCGCCAAUGUUGGUAUUGUGGAACUCGGCGAGCUUCAACUUGCAAUGUCUCUUGCUGAGAGAAAGCCAACUGGACAAUUUUUCUAUCGGAAUGAACAAAAAGCGAAGGAGGAUGCCCAUUGUGGGAUGGAGGGAGCAGUACUUAGAUUGCUUAUAGCUUCUAAUUUGCAAAUAAUUGGCUUUCUGGUGGUUGAAAACUUGAACCUUGAAUUCUUUCCAUCACCAUGCUAUAGACAUUACAAUCUCUGUGUCAAUGGACUUCCUUCGCUUGUUGCUUUUCCGUCGGGGUGUAAAACGUCAGAUUGUCUUUUUAGAUUUGAGGGUGAUCUCUCCAUUGAUGCAGUCACUGAUUGGUUUGCGACAACCGUGCUGAGUUUACCUCGAAUUUUGUACUAUUCAAAGGAAUCACUGGCAAGUUCUCUUUUCUUUGUUGCCUCUGCCUCUCUUCCUUCACUUAAAGUUGGUUUCUGUAUGGUUUGGCCUUUGGUUAAGGUGAAAGUCAUUUUCUUCACAAGAACAGGAGAGCGUGCUACUCCAUUUGUACGCCAGACUGCUAAAAGUUAUUGGGCUUAUACCUCUUUUGCAUUUGUGCUAUGGCGAGAAGAAGAUUUCUCUGUUUGGUGGAAUACAUUUGAGGUGGAAUCGGCCCCUGCUAUUGUUUUUGUGAAGGACCCGGGGUGA